CCAAUCAACCGGGCUCCAAGUUCACACUUGUUGAGGUCUUCCCUUUGGUCCCCAGAGUACCUUAGUGGGGGCUCCGUGCUUUCCCUAUCACUGAUCCCUACGUCUCCGCCCUCCACCCUCCGCCCCCUUUCGGAGUUUCUCCGGGAGUGUGAAUGCACGCCCCGGACGAAGUGCGAGCUUGCUGGCGCGGCAUGGGGAUACUGAGGCAUGGGCUUGAAAGAUCAGUUUGAGGUGCUCGAGCGCCACACGCUGUGGGGGCUGGACCUGUUGGACAGAUAUGUGAAGUUCGUGAAAGAACGCACAGAGGUGGAACAGGCUUAUGCGAAGCAAUUGCGGAACUUGGUGAAAAAAUAUCUGCCCAAGAGACCUGCCAAAGAUGACCCUGAAUCCAAGUUCAGCCAGCAACAGUCCUUCAUGCAGAUUCUCCAGGAGGUGAAUGAUUUUGCAGGCCAGCGGGAGCUGGUGGCCGAGAAUCUCAACAUCCAUGUAUGUCUUGAGCUGGCCAAGUACUCACAGGAGAUGAAACAGGAGAGGAAAAUGCACUUCCAAGAAGGACGGCGGGCCCAGCAACAGCUGGAAAAUGGCUUCAAACAGCUGGAGAAUAGUAAGCGUAAAUUUGAGCGAGACUGCCGGGAGGCAGAGAAGGCAGCCCAUACAGCUGAGCGGCUAGACCAGGAUAUCAAUGCCACCAAGGCUGAUGUGGAGAAGGCCAAGCAGCAAGCUCAUCUUCGAAGUCACAUGGCAGAGGAAAGCAAAAAUGAAUAUGCAGCCCAACUACAACGCUAUAACCGAGACCAAACCCACUUCUAUUUUUCACAGAUGCCCCAGAUAUUUGAUAAGCUGCAGGACAUGGAUGAACGCAGGGCCAUGCGCCUGGGGGCCGGGUAUGGGCUGUUGUCAGAGGCAGAGCUGCAGGUGGUACCCAUCAUUGCCAAGUGCUUAGAAGGCAUGAAGGUGGCUGCAGAUGCUGUGGAUCCCAAGAACGACUCACAGGUCCUUAUAGAGCUGCACAAGUCAGGUUUUGCCCGCCCAGGCGAUGUGGAAUUUGAAGACUUCAGCCAGCCCAUGAACCGCGCGCCCUCGGACAGCAGCCUGGGCACCCCAUCUGAUGGACGGUCCGAGCUCCGGGGCCUAGGCCGCACCCGAGCCAAGCGUUGGCCCUUCAGCAAGAAGAACAAGCCUUGCCCCCCACCCUUCUCCCCCCUGGGGGGCUCCCUACCUUCGGCAUUGCCUAAUGGACCCCCAUCCCCCCGCUCCGGCCGCGACCCCUUUGCCAUACUGAGUGAGAUCAGUAAGUCGGUCAAACCGAGGCUAGCAUCCUUCCGCAGCCUUCGAGGCAGCCGUGGGACAGUGGUGACAGAGGAUUUUAGUCACUUGCCUCCAGAGCAGCAGAGAAAGCGGCUUCAACAGCAGUUGGAAGAACGCAAUCGUGAACUUCAGAAAGAGGUUGACCAGAGGGAAGCCCUAAAGAAAAUGAAGGAUGUCUAUGAGAAGACACCCCAGAUGGGGGACCCUGCCAGUUUGGAGCCCCAGAUCAUGGAAACCCUGGGCAACAUCGAACGACUGAAAUUGGAAGUACAGAAGUAUGAGGCUUGGCUGGCAGAAGCUGAAAGUCGGGUCCUAAGCAACAAGGGGGACAGCCUGGGUCGGCAUGCUCGGCCUCCUGACCCCCCAGCCAGUGCUCCACCAGAUGAUGGCAGCAACAGCAAUAUGUCACAAGACAAGGAGAGUUCUGAAGAGCCUCCCUCAGAUGAAGGCCAGGAUGCCCCCAUUUACACGGAGUUUGAUGAGGAUUUUGAGGAGGAACCUGUGUCCCCCAUAGGCCACUGUGUGGCUAUCUACCACUUUGAAGACCUUGGCCCACCCCACCCCCACUCCUUGACAGGGUCCAGUGAGGGUACCAUCUCCAUGGCUGAGGGUGAAGACCUCAGCCUCAUGGAAGAAGACAAAGGUGAUGGCUGGACCCGAGUCAGACGGAAAGAGGGAGGUGAGGGCUAUGUGCCCACCUCCUACCUCCGAGUCAUGCUCAAUUAAACCCUGCCAAGGCGGGAAGAGGGGCUGCUGUCGGCUGCUGCUUCUGGGCCACAGAGGGCUCUAGGACCUAUGCACUUUAUUUCUGCCCCUGUGGCUUCGGCUGAGACCUGUGUAACCUACUGUCCCCUCCCCAAUCCCAUCUGUCACUCCAGAUGGACCUGCUGUGCCUUUUACCACCGAUGUACAUACUCAUGUUUCGAAAUCAUUUCUUCCUGCUGCUCGAGUUGGGCCAUUUUGUUUCAUAUAUAUAUAUA